AAUUCGUUUGCCUCUAUUGCUUUUCUCUUUUCCCUUUGUGAAGCACGCCGCGGGGUCUACUCCCCUGGACCCUGUCUCGUUGUUCCGCUAUCUCGCCGUGUCCGCUCGUCUGGGCUCGACGACUUCGGGGCCCUGCCGGGAUUGAGUCCCGUCCGUCUGCCGCCGAACAGUGGCCUAGACUCUCCAGUGCCUCUCAACUUUUCUUCAUCUGCUAGGAGCAAUAAUUGCCUCUCCCUUUCUAAGACCUGCUCACCUCGGUGCCCAGAGUCCCCCCCCCGUCUUCGCGUCCUCUGCGUCUCCGCCACGACAGUCGCUCACUCACGGAAGAUGAAGGGAAGCAAUAAGACAGUCGAAGCCGCUGUUUCUGGCGAGGGCGACCGACGAAGAAAGAGAGACGAAGACGUCGUGAAUGCCGAGGAGCGCGCCGAAGAAAGUUCCAGUGACGAAGAAGAUGACGGAGACGAAAUCCAGUUCAAAGCGAGGACCAAGGAGGAACUUCUACGACAGGGAGAAGACGGUGAAGACGAAGCAGACGAAGAAGAGGAUACAGACCUCACAGAGACAGUCCGGGCCUCCUUUGGCUUGUUCGAUCCUCACGAGGAAGCGACAGAAGCGGUUCUUGCUCUGCUUCGCCAGUCUCGACUCGACGUGCAUUUGAAGAUCUCCUCUGGGGCUCUGCGGUCGUUGGCCGAGGCGAUUGCUAACCAAGGAAAUGUCGGGUCCUUGCUGAAGGCAGUCCCCGAAGAAGAGGAAGACCAAGUCGACGAGAAUGCGCCAGUCGUCGGCUUUCUCUCUCUUCUUUCUCUUCGCCAGUAUCCCGAAGCGACGGAUGUUUUCCGGGAUGCCUUCCUACGCUUGGCUGCUGAACACGCCCCAGCUGGCAUGAAGGCGAAACUCGAGGCAAUUCUCUCCCCUGAAUCGGAGGAAUCUGUCGGAAAGCACGACUCGAAAAAGCAGCUGAAACACAACGUCAACUGCGGGUGGAUGGUGAAGGAACGCGUGAGCAACACGCCCCCCGCCCUCAUUCCCACGAUGUUUUCUUCUCUCUUGGAAGAUGUGAACUGGAGCUUGGCGACUGAGGAAAUGGACGAAGAGGAACGACCGUUCUACAACUACACACACGUCGUCGUUCUUACGAGGGUGUACAAAGAGGCUGACGCAGGCCCGACAACGGGGCCGAAGAAAGCCAAGGGCGACGAGCCACUGGGUUUCAAGGCAUUCUUCCCCCACCCCGAGGACGAGGAACUUCUCAAAGUGGCUACCUCUUACUUCACCUGCCCCACGGGCUCAUCCGCGCGCGUGUCUGCUGUUGAAGGAAGCAGUGGGCCUGGAGCAGGGAAGCAGAAGAAACACGCGAGCCAGGAGGCAGCCGAGGAAGACGCCAACAUGGAGGGGAGCUGCCAAAUUCGCUCCUGUCCAGAGUACCUUCUUCUGCUCUUGUUGCCGUUCGACAGGCUCAAAAAGUGCACGGACGCUAUGCAGCAGCAAGCGGUGUUGCAGGCGGCUUCCUAACGCGUUGUGUGUGAACCCAGGACUGUGUCAAACUCUCGUUAAAACUCAUCAUGCCUUCUAGCAACGCAAAACAAUACUAACCUCCCCGCACCCGUUUCGCCUGUCUGGUCUUUCGCCACUGAAACCAUAUAUCCGU